UCCACUUUUACCCUUCCGAAAACUCGGUGAUGCCUGGCUACAUCAAGGACAACCCUGAAUUCACCAAGUACUGGUUACAGCGCUACAGGCUGUUCUCCCGCUUUGACCAAGGCAUAAAGAUGGAUGAAGAGUCCUGGUUUUCUGUGACGCCAGAGAACAUCGCCAAGCACAUAGCGGAUCGCUGCAAGGCCAACGUUGUGAUCGACGGGUUUUGUGGCGCUGGUGGCAACACCAUCCAGUUUGCCAGAGUGUGCAGCCGUGUCAUAGCCGUGGACAUCAACCCAGCUAGGGUGGAGCUGGCACGACACAAUGCGGCCAUCUACGGUGUGGCGGACAAGAUCAAGUUCAUCGUUGGCGACUUCCUGGAGGUAGCUCCACGACUGCAUGGCGACGUGGUCUUCCUGAGUCUGCCCUGGGGAGGGCCCUCGUACCAGCAGAAGUGGUCUUUUGACCUCAGAGAUAUGGAGCCCAACUUGUUCCAGACAUUCGCUCUGAGCAGAAAGAUCACGGACAACAUCGCAAUGUUGCUCCCUAGGAACGCUGAUGUUGAUCAGGUUGUUCGGCUGGCUGGUCGUAGGAGGCUCAGUCGAUAUUGAAAAAAACAUGCUCAACAAGAAGGUCAAGACCAUCACUGCCUACUACGGGGAUCUCAUAAGGUCUC